UACAGAAAAACUAACCUUGGUAGCCCUGGCAAAAACCAAGAAGAAGCACAGUUUGUAAAUAUAGAUUUUCACGAACAAUUUUUUUGGAAACAGACUCACCAUGUCGGAUGCCCACUUGGAAGCACCUCCCUCGGUGCGUCUGACAAACGAUGACUUCCGCAAACUCCUGGCCACACCCCGUGCUCCACCUCCUGGCUCUGCAACUAGUAGCGCUUCCGGCGGAUCCUUGGCCACUGCUACUUUUGCCACGCCCUCCUCUGCCCCUGGAGCUGCAGGAUCCAGUGGCGAGAAGAAAAAGGGCCAGAGCAGCAGCGAACGAAACGAUCUUCGGCGCAAAAAGAAGAACUUCUAUGCCGCAUUGAAAAAGCAAGAGGAUGUGAAGCUGCAGGAGCUGUCCGAAAAGUACAGGGAUCGUGCCCGUGAGCGUCGUGAUGGCGCCAAUCCAGAUUACGUGAACGUGAGCACGCCGGGACAUGGAAGCAGCACCAAUGCUUACCGAGCCGUCGCUCCAGAUAUGAAAUCUGGAAUCGAUGCCCAGGAGCGAAGAAGACGCAUCAUUCAGGAGUCCAAGUUCUUGGGUGGUGACAUUCAGCACACCCAUUUGGUGAAGGGUUUGGAUUAUGCACUGCUGCAGAAAGUGCGCUCCGAGCUGCACUCCAAGGAAGCUGAAGAGGAGGAGAUUGCUGCCGCAGUGGCCAGGGAGAAGCUAGCCGAAGCAGCUGCUGCCGCCGAGCAAUUGGAAGCGGAGCGUCGCGAAUCUGAGGACAUCAAUGCCAUAAACGGCGCAUUGGCCCGCAACAUUUACAACCUGGUCCAAGCUCGGCGAUCGAAGGAAGUCCCUCGCAAUGAGCUUUUUGCUCCAGGGCGGAUGGCCUAUGUCAUCGACCUGGAUGAUGAGCUGGGUGAAUCGGAUAUCCCAACAACGCUGAAGCGGUCCAAGUUCGAGGUGCCGGUGGCACCGGAGGAUGUGGCUACGUUGACCACAAAUGACAUAGUGAUCAACAAGCUUUCGCAAAUCCUCAGCUAUCUGCGUGCCGGUGGGCGCAACAAGAAGAACAAGAAGCGCGACAAGGACAAGCCGCUCUUCUACGAAAAGGAGGUGGAGAACCUGCGAGGAUCGUCCAGCGGUGGUGGCAGCAGUCGCCAUGCCACAUCAUCAUCCUCCUCAAACAAAGAGGGCAAGGCCGCUCCAAUGGGCGACAAUAUUUACGAUGAUAUUGGAGAGUACAAGCCGUCCGCCUCGCGAGGGGAUCGCAACCGUCAAGAGUCCGGGAAACCUGCUAAUUCCUAUUUUGGCGAUGCUCCACCAGAGGCGGCGGAAGAGUCGCUUAUCUCCAGUAUUCCUCCACCACCCAAGAUAUCGAAGGCCAUGGCGUCACGCUUUGCCGAACCCGAGGGAUAUGCCGAGUGUUAUCCAGGUCUGGAGGAGAUGAACGACGCUAUCGACGACUCGGACGAUGAGGUGGACUACACCAAGAUGGAUCUGGGCAAUAAGAAGGGACCUAUUGGGCGCUGGGACUUCGACACACAGGAAGAGUACUCUGACUACAUGAGUACGAAGGAGGCGCUGCCCAAGGCGGCGUUCCAAUACGGCGUCAAAAUGCAGGACGGUCGGAAGACGCGCAAGAACAAAACCGAGAAGAACGAGAAGGCCGAGCUCGACAGAGAGUGGCAGAAGAUCCAGACAAUUAUUCAAAAGAGAAAGCUCCCCAAGGAUGGAGGAGGCGGCGGUGGUGGAGGCGAUGAACCCGACUACAAGUCCGCAAAGUACUAGGAAUUCUUGAAACAUUAUUCUAUAUUUGUAAUGUAGUUCUGUAAAACAUUAAAUAUAAGUAUGCGCGUACUUGUAUGAUUCUUACAUACUCUCAAAUAUAUAUUUUAGCAAUGUUA